AUGAAUGCGCUUAAACGUUCUUAUGGUAUAUUCGGAGAAGGCUUGGAGUACUCUCUAAUCCAUCAAGAUGACAAAAUUGCAUAUGUAAGAGUAUCUCAUCAUGACAAAGAUGUAUUCUCAUCGUCCAUUGCGACUUAUAUUUCCACUGAUGAAUUGAUUGGCUCACCAUUAAUAGUCCAGAUACUACAAGAAACUUCAAACUUGGAAAGUCUAGAUAUAUCGAGUGAUGAUCAAUUAUGGCUCAAGAAGGUUAUUGAAGAAAACGAAGAGGAUACCGCAUGUAAUUGA